AGUGGUUCGCAUGCGCUCCUGGCUGCAAGAAAAAAACCUACAGAUUAGCUAGCAGCGUAAUGGCGGGUGAGGAUGAGGAGUUGGUCCAAUCGAGGAAGAGUAGAACUCUGAUCAUCCGCCAUCUCCCAGCUGACCUGUCCAGGGAUGAGAAGCAGGAUCUACUCAAGUACUUUGGUGCCGUGGCAGUCAGAGUGUUCUCUGAUAAAGGAGUACUGAGACACACAGCCUUUGCAACAUUUGGGAGUGAAAAGUCUGCAGCAAAGGCUCUGAGCAGGCUUCACCAGCUGCAGAUCCUCAACCAUACCCUGGUGGUGGAGUUUGCCAAAGACCAGGAACAUGUGACGGUGCUGAAAGACCCACCUGUGUCAGACAGUGCAACAGAUGUCAAAGACGUGAAGAAGAAAAAGGAGGUGAAACAACCGACUAUACCGCUGAUAGAGACUGGCACUGCACCCAAACUCGGGUUGAAAUUUCAAACAAAUCCCAGUCUGAAAUAUUUAUACCCACCUCCUUCGAAUGGGAUCCUGACAAACAUAACACAUGCCCUUCUGAGCGUACCAAAGUUCUACGUUCAGGUCCUUCACCUGAUGAACAAGAUGAACCUACCGUCUCCGUUCGGCCCUAUCACAGCAAGACCUCCGAUGUAUGAGAUGUAUCCUGCCCCCCCUCCACCUAUGCCGCCCCCCUAUCCUCCCCACUACCCCCCCUUACCAGCAGAUGAGAUGGAUUUCUCCAGUGAGGAGGGGUCUGAGUAUGAGAGUGGCGAUGACGAGGACAAAGAGAGGAUGAUUCGCCUGAUGGGUCUGGUCAACCAAGCAUGCAAGAGACCCCUGAGAACUAAAGUGUCCUCCAAGAGAAAGAAACCCAAGUUCAAGGACCUUCUCUUUGUCCCAAAGCCCGACUCUCAGAGUGCUCCAGGGCCCAUCCUGCAGCCAUCGGAUGUGUUUGAGCAGCCCCAGCCCUGCGGACAGAAGAAGAUUGAGUUCCACAUUUCAACAGAUGUGUCGGCCAUACUGGAAGGAGGAGGAAUCAGCUCCACCCAGCCACAGGAGCCCACUGAGCCAGCUGAGGAGGCUGAAGUAGCAGCUGAGGAGAUGCAGGCCACCACCACUACAGAGGAGGAUCCAGGGGAGGGCUUUGGGAAGAUCUACCCUGCCGCCCAGGCCUCCCAGCUGGAGGAGGACAGUGAUGAGGACGAGGAUGUCCCCUCUGAUGUCAUCUCCAGGAAGGAACUGGAUAAGGGACGGCUGUCCAGAGACGAGAUUAAAAGGAUGUCGGUGUAUAAAAAUUAUGAACCUGGAGAGCCGACCAGCAGACUUUACGUGAAGAACAUUGCCAAGUCAGUGGAAGAGAAAGAUCUGAAAUACAUCUAUGGGAGAUACAUCGACGUCUCAUCUGAGGCAGAGAGAAAUAUGUUUGACAUAGUGCUGAUGAAGGAGGGUCGUAUGAAGGGCCAGGCAUUCGUAGGACUCCCCAGUGAGAGGAGUGCAGAGAAGGCCCUGAGAGACACCAACGGUUUCGUCCUCUAUGACAAGCCCCUCGUCGUUUCGUUUGCCAGGUCUGCCAGACCUAAAGCGGACGCCCCGGACCCCAAGAAAGGACCCAAACGAACCCGAUGAACAGAUAUUGAUGUCAAGUUGACGUUACAUGGUGAUAGUGUGGCCCAGCAGUCAGUACCAUUUGUAUCCUUCUGAGUCUGUCAUAUCCUUUCCAAAACACAUCAUACCAUCAUGAUACCUGUCUGUUUUCUCUGCUUGGGUAUACAACCAGGCUAUUCUGUAAUUACCGGUACCUUGGAGUUAAAACACCAAACAUUAAGCCUAGUUAUAAUAUCCAGUGAAAUCAAUAGCAGUUUUAAAAUGAUAGGUUACAACCUAACUCCCUAACACAGAAGAAACGUAAUAUUAAAAAUAAAAAUAAAUCACAAUAUACAGUCUUAUGGGGUUUUAUUUUCUGAUGAGGGACAUAAAUGUAAUAAUACACACCUGUUUCUAUCCUUCCAACAUGCACACACACCAAUUCUUGCAUAAAUUGUAGAGCAUGGAGUCAGUGUUUUAUUUAUCUGAAAUGUUCUUCUCCCCUGAUAUUAAAUCUUUUUUGCUGUUGCUGUGAGAUGUAGUAUUUCUAAUCUGUGAAAAUCUCCCCCUUUCAAUAUUUGACAUCUCCCCUGUUUGGUUCUGAACUACAGGUGAUGGAAUCCUCUGCAAAGCUGAAGACAACAAGUUAGGAAUAUAAUUUCUUCUGUUUUAACAAAUAAAAACAUCUUUUUUAUAUAUA